AAGGAAGAGUGCCGGCCUCUGCUCGUCUCAGCGCUUGAAGCCGCACCAUGCUUGCCCUCCGAAGGAGCCUGACUAGGGCCCUGGCUGCUCCAUUAACGGCGCCUCAGGUGUGUUCAUCUUUUGCUACAGGCCCCAGACAAUACGAUGGAACAUUCUAUGAAUUUCGUACCUAUUAUCUUAAGCCCUCAAAAAUGAGUGAAUUCCUGGAAAAUGUUAAAAAAAACAUUCAUCUUCGGACAGUUCACUCUGAAUUGGUUGGAUACUGGAGUGUAGAAUUUGGAGGCAGAGUGAAUAAAGUGUUUCAUAUUUGGAAGUAUGACAAUUUUGCUCAUCGAACUGAAGUUCGGAAAGCCUUGGCCAAAGAUAAGGAAUGGCAAGAACAAUUUCUCAUUCCAAAUUUGGCUCUUAUUGAUAAACAAGAGAGUGAAAUCACUUAUCUGGUGCCAUGGUGCAAAUUAGUAAAACCUCCAAAAGAAGGAGUCUAUGAACUGGCUACUUUUCAGAUGAAACCUGGUGGGCCAGCUCUGUGGGGUGACCCAUUUAAAAGGGCAGUUCAUACUCAUGUCAAUCAAGGCUACACAAAAUUAGUUGGAGUGUUCCAUGCAGAAUAUGGAGUACUGAACAGAGUUCAUGUUCUUUGGUGGUACGAGAGUGCAGACAGCCGUGCAGCUGGGAGACAUCAGUCUCAUGAGGAUCCCAGAGUAGUGGCAGCUGUUCGGGAAAGUGUUAACUUCCUUGAAUCUCAACAGAAUAUGCUUCUGAUUCCUACAUCAUUUUCACCAUUGAAAUAGUUUUCCAGUGAUAUACAGAGCAUUUCAUGAAUUGUCAUAAGAUGUAUCUGCUAUCGGUGCUUAAAUUCUACCAAGAGAUUCUCACUUUAUUUUGAAGGAGGUGGUAAGUUAAUUUGCUGUGUCCUUUGCAUAUUUAAAAGGUACAUCUGUCCAUUGUCACUACCACUUCAGGAAACAGUCUGUUCAUUUUCCCCUUGACAUUUUAGUAUCUGUCAUAUAUUAAAAAUACUUGCCUUUACUACCAGAUCUUGAUUUUUCAUUUGUUUGAGAAU